AUGGACAGUCCUCCUCCAAGGUUUUCAGAGACUGGUGGACCUCGAUUCAUCGAACACAUACACAACUCGCCACCAUAUCAGCCAUAUCAAAAUUACAAUACUGACGUUCCGAGCCCACAGUAUGGACCGGUGGAUGGAGACAAACAAAUGGGUCAUCGACUGUCUAAUAAAGAGCGGCCUACCCCACCCGAGAUAAUGUCUCCUGGGCUGCAAUCAGUAUGGGCUGGAGAGGGAGAAAAGGAAGUCGCUUGGCCAGGACAAGAGCCACAGCCACAUCAGUAUGAAAGACCUGCACCAUCGACAGAGGGAAGAAAAGUGUGCGGCAUUCCGAGAAAGUCAUUUUACGUCCUGAUUGCGCUAGUCUGCGCUCUCGCGGUAGGCCUAGGAGUGGGCUUAGGUGUUGGGCUUGGCACGAAGAAGCCAUCAUCGGCCAGUGUAUCAGGUACAGCGACCGCCACCUCCACCACAUCCUCGGCUACAAGCGCAACAUCGACACCAACGCCUGUCACGAAUUCGCAAUACUCAAUCGGUGGCGCUAUUGACCCGUCUUACUACAGCACCACUGGAGCUUUCAAUGGCUCGGGGAUCGCCUUGGCCUCGCAGUCAUUCGCUAAGCAGCUACAGACGAGCACAGAAGGCAGUCUAGUCAUGUACUUCCAGCAUCACUCGGGCCAGAUUCGUUGGCAGCAAUUAAGCUCAAAUGGGCAAUGGUUGGGCGGCUCUGCUUCUGAAGUCGUGGCUUCGGACGCGAAGAACAGCACCCCUCUGUCAGCGGUAGCAUAUACCUCCAAUGGCUCGAGCAUAUGGCAUAUCUUCUAUAUUGACACCGACAACCGCAUCCGCCAACGAAGCAACAGCAAUACAACGAAUGUCUGGGUCGAUGGCCCCAUCAACCUUUCGAACUUGACAGCCAACAGCGCCGAUCAAGUAGGCAUGCAAGCAUGCUGGUACGGUAGCGACUAUGGGGAUGUAGACUACACCCAUACCCCUCUCCCCGGCCAGAACGGAGAUGUCACGUACUCCACGGACGACGUAGGGAUGCAUGUUUGGUACGCGAGCGACGACACCACGUUCCAACAACUUGGCUGGCGGGAAGGGGAUACUCAAUGGACAUUCCAACAGAGCUGGACGAAUCUGCAGGGACAUGCUGGAGUGGGAUGCUAUAGCUGGGGCCCCGGCACGACCACAUAUGUGAUGUUUGUCGACCUAAAUAAUACCGUCAAUAUCUACUGGAAAGACACGAAUACGAACGAUACUUCUACCCGGUCGCAUCCAAUAAAUAAAUGGACAAACAGCUCCAUCAGCAUUCCGGACGUCAAUCCUUCCACGAGUUUGGGCUACACGAACUACUUCUACGCCCAAUCCGCAGCGACGAACUUGAUAAUGGGGUAUAACAUCUCGUGGGCAGCGGAGAAUACCACGAUAGUCGGCAAAGACACUUUCACGGUCCAGGGCGAACCCGGUCUGCCUGGGACACAUAUGAGCGUCUCGGCCUUGCCAAACACGAGCGGAGGCAACGAUUUGGUUGUCUUCUAUCAGACGAAUGGAAGCGAUAUCAGUGAGUUCACGAGGGACUUGGUGGCGGGACAGUGGACGAGUGUGGAUAUUCCUGUUCCGCAGAGUUGA